AUGUUAAUUAAUGAUUUAUAGUUACUAUAUAUUUUAAGAGAUCUGUUAAUAUAGUGUUUUAGUAUCUUAAAUAAUCAAAUUCAAUUAUUUUAUUAAAAAAUAAUCAAUAGAUUAAUAACAGAUACAUACAUACAAAAUAAUUAUUUACAGAUUUUACCAAAUAUAAAAUUGAUUAUAACUGAAUUCACUGUUUUACUUCUUUGUAGGAGCAUUUACUAGAUUAUAAUGUAGAAUAUUUUACCUGAAAUAAAGAAUCAAAGUUUAAUUGGAUUUCAAAAUAAAAUAAUAAAUGAUAUUAAACCUUAAAGUAGUUAUUAACCUUAAAGGUAAGCUUAGAAGAAUUUUAAUUAUCCAUCGCAAUCUAAACAACUUAAAAUAGACGAAUUUCAAUCUUCCUCCAUGAAGAAUGGUCAAAAGUUAUCAUUAGGCAAUAUAAAAGAUUAAUAAUUUUAAGAAGAAAUUAAUGAUCUAAUGUAGAUAUAAGCUUAAUAAGAAUAAAGGGCAGCAAGAAACAUAGAAAAGCACUUUAAAAAGGUAAUCCCUAAUGCCUAACAUAAGCCAAGAAAUUUGUCAGAAAGUUCUGGAGUUGGAAGACUGAAUAUAAAUUAGUAAAACAACCAAAAUAUGCAAAAUUACUAAAAUAUUGAUCUAAAUUCAGAUGAGAUAGGUCUAUUUGUCCCAACAAAUAUUGAAAAGCUUAAGGGCUCAAUCAAAAAUGAUAUUCUUGGAGCAAAUAAGAAAGAGCAGAGUUAAAAUAAAAAGAUAAAGGAAUAACAAAGAAGUUUUACAUCUAACUAAAAGCAAUAAAAAUCCAACAAUCUUUAAAAAUCUGUUAUAAUUCAAGAGUAACAAUAAUAGCCAUAACCAAAUAGUUUAAAGAAUCACAAAGAUUUCAUUCUCAAAAGACAAAGAAUUAGAGGGCCUCAAGGAGUUAAUAUAAAAGUAGUUGAAAUGUGGAUCAACGAUACUAUUUGUGAAGCCGAGAGCGAAGUUCAACCUAACCAAACUAAGUUAAAUUCACCAUAAAAAAAGCAAAAUGACUAAAAAGAAAUUUUAAAAAAUUUUGGACUUGAUAGAAAAUCUUUGCAAAAUAAAGGAGUUUCAAAAGAAAAUAUAGACAGAAUAUACAGAUCUCUAUUUGUUUAUAGUUUUGGUUUCUAUGAAAUGAUAUAGGAUAUUUUUGCUCACAUUUAAGAUUCUGCCUAAACAAUAGCAAGUGUUUGGAAAAUAUAUGGAAUUUUACUUGAAUAUUGCUCAAGAACGGAUUUUGUAAACACUGUUACCUAAUUAGAAAAAGAGAAGACAGCAAUUGUAGAUAAUCUCGAAGAAUAAAUUGAGUCAAAACAAAAGUAAUUUGAUGAACUAGAAGUUAUUGAAAAAGAAAAAAGGGAAAUCUUGGAACAGUAAAUUCUAUCUCUUAAGCAAGAAAAACAAAACAUACUGACAGAAAAAUUUUAAUUAGAAGAAGACUUUAAAUAGGCUGAUCAGGCUUUUAAUGAAGAAGUUGGCUUAAGAUUAUAAUUCGAACAUAAAAUAAAUGAAUUACAUAGUAUUCAUAGAGAAUUGUUGAUGAAACACAACAGGUUGAUAGACGAUUACGAUUCUCUUAAAAUUGAUCAUGAAAUUCUAAAGAAUGAUAAUGAAAACAAUAAUAAACUGAUUAACACUCUUAAAGUAUUAGAACAAAAAAAAAGUGAUGAAUGUAGGGAUUUUUAGAGAAAAGUCAAUGAAAUUACAGUGCAAUUUGAGAAGCUCAAAGAAAGAGCAGUUCAAGCUGAGAGUGAGCUUUAGCAUAAAAAUAGAGGAGCUGAUAAAUAUGAAGGUCUUUUGAAUGAAGAAUAAAGAAUCAAUGAAGACUUGAGAUUCUAGAUUAAAAAUAUGCAAGAAAAAAUAGAUUUAUAGCAAAAAAAUGAAGACAUUUACAAAAGAAGAAUAGAAGAGCUGAAAGGAGAGCAGAAAUAUUUUAAUAAGUAGAUUGAUGAUCGAAGUGAGCAGUUUGAAAAGUUACAAUAAAAAGUAUAUGACUUAGAAAAACAAAUUAUUGAUUAAAAAUCCACUGUUUAGUUGCAGUAAGAAAGCUAUGCUUAGAUAAAAGCAUAGUGUGAGCAAUAUGAAAACCAAAUCUUAGAAAUUCAAGGUGAAAAGAAGAAAGUUGAAUAAGAAUAUGAAUAUUGUAUUAAUAGAAAUGAGCUCUUAACCACAGAUCUAGAAGCUUUAUAGAAACUAAUAAAAGACAUGAAGGUAGGAAGAAUUGAGUUAGAAGAGGAAUAUAUUAAAUGUAAAUUAAGAUUGAAUAAUUCAUUAGAUACCAUAAAAGCUAAAAAUGAGCUAUGUAAAGAUUUAGAGAUUAAAAUGGAAACAUAUGAAUAAAAUCACUUGAAAUUAACUGUUGAAUUUUAAACAUACCAAAAUAUGGCAACAAAGGAACAAGAUAAUUUAAAGUAAAAGAUUAGUAAGUUAGAAAGAGAACUCAAGUAAAAAGUGCAUGAAUUGGAAGUUGAAAAGAAACAAAACGAAUUUAGUAAUUAGAAAAUAGAACAAAGCAAUGAAUAAUUAGAGUAAUUAAGAAAAAAUAUUCUUGAAAUUACGGCUUAGCAAAGAGAUGAUAAAUUUGCGCUUAACAAUCAGUCAAAUUAGAUUAAUCAAAUGACAAGUGUAAUUGAAUCUGAAAAGUCUAGAAAUACUGAUUUAAUCAGGUAGGUGACUUCAUUAACUUCGACAAAUGAGAAUCUAUAAAGAGAGACAAAAAGUCAAAAAGUAGUUAUCAGAGAGCUUCAAGACAAUCAUGCAACAGAUAUUGAAUAAUUAAAGAUUUUACACAAAAAAGAAAUGGACAGGUAUGUUAAUAUUGAAUAUAAAAUACAUCAGAUGACAUAUGAAGAUGUUUUAAGCAGAUUUUCUAUGAUGGAACAAGAAAAAAUCAGGAUAGAACAAUAUAAUAUUUAAUUGGAGAAAGAUUUGUUGUAAAUACAAGAAGAGUUUAAAGAUUUAUGUGAAAAAUUCGAUCUAAAAACAAAAACAUUGGAAUAAACCAGAUAAAUUUUAUCUAGAGUAAAGAAAUUCUCUCUAUAAUUGUUAACUAAUUACAUUAACUCUGAUAGAAAAGCUGACUAACUUGAUAAAUAGCUAAGAGAAACUAAAACCAAGCUGGCUUAAAAUGAAAAAUAGUACAAAUAAGACAGAGAAUUGUUAGUUAAGUUAAGUGAAACAACAGAAAACAAAUUAAAAGCAGAAAUUAAUUAAUAUAAAAAAGAUAUUAAAGAAAUGGAAAAUUUGGUUAAUUAGAAGCUUGAGUAAAUAAAACAACUUUAAGAAUCCAUGCAAUUAAUUGAAUAAAUGAAAGCCUAGCAGCAAUAGUAGAUGUAAUAAAUGAUGUAGAAACCUUUAACUAAUGAAUAAAGAAAGUCAUUAGCUGCAAUUAAUUAGGUUUAAAUGCAACAAAAGCAAUAAAUAGAUGAAUUAAGAAACUCUUUUGGAGUUUAGAAUCAACUUGGAAUAACUGAUUAACAAUAAACAUAAUUUAAAUAAUAAUAAGUUAAUAGCUAGUAAAUUAACUAAUCAGCUAACUUUUAACAAUAAAAUUUGUUGAAUGUCCCCACAGAAGACAUUUAAAAAAAUAAUUUUAUUGAUUAAAAAUUAAAUUAAACAUAAAUACCAUAAUAAUUUUAAUAAAAUUAGCAAAAUUAAUUGCAACAAUAACCUCCAUUAAAACCAAAUCAACUACCAAAUUUAUAAUAAGAUUUAAUAAAAGAUAAAACAAAAUUAGAACCAUAAAACAAAGUGAUAAAUUAAGCUUAAAAAGGAUAAAAUAUUUAUUAGUCAGAGGCAAAUUAAGCAAAAGACAAUUAGAUGAAUAAUUAGAAUUAGUUUAAUUAGACUGAUUAGAAGUAAGCUAGAUUAUAAAAUAAUCAAUAACUAGAUGCUUUAUAAUAAUAAUUACAGUAACAACAAAGGCAAUUAAAAUAAAAUUAUUUAGGAGAAUAGUAGAAUAUUUCUAAACAAUAAAAAGAUAAAAUAAACAAGAUUCAAUAAAAUAACUCUUUUAGCUAUUCAGUUGAGGAUCAAUAAUAAUACUAACCAGUUAAUGGUAGUAUAUUUCCAAAUAAUAAUAAUGAAAGCUAUAAUUUAAGACUUGCAUCUGAAAACAUAUUCGAUUCUACUAAUCAACAAUUUGUUCCUUAUCAUUUAUCAGAUUUUGCAAGAAUUAACUAUUCUACAAACUACAACAACAGAACAUUUUCAGAUGCAGAUUCUAAUGCCUUUUAACAGUAGCAUUAGACUAAUUAAUUCUCAAACUAGAAAAAACCCGCAUAGACUCAUUACACUGGAGGUGCAUAUAGACUUACAUAAGAUCAUUCCAAAUUUAUUCAAGGUUAAGUUGCAAAGAAAUUAAAGCAGUAAGCAAAAGAAAACAAGGAAUUUGGUAAGCUUUUUAGAUUAGCAUCAGAUCACUAUGACAAUAGUUAAAGUUGA